AUGCGCAGGGCCAGCUCCCCCGCGGCCGCCGGACCGCCUGCCCUGUGCCGCGGAGGCUGCGGGGGGAGCCGAGCCCGGCCCGACCCCUCCGCCCCCCGGCGGCGAUGCCCGCCCGGGCCGGGAGCCGGCGCGCCGGGCGGAGGAGGGGACGAGAGAGGAGGGGAGGGGAGGGAGGAGGAGGAGGCGGCGUACGUGGAGAUCCGCAGCUCGCCGCAAGAGCCGGAGGAGAGCCGCCAGAAGCCCGAACUGGCCCCAGCGGGCGGAGCGGAGGGAGAGGCCGGUCCCGCACCGGACAGCGGAGCCGGUGGGACCGGGGAUGGCGACUCGGCGAGCGGCGGACCCCCGGGGGGAGGAAGCGGGAAGGAGGAAGCAUCCUUGGACCACGGGCGGGAUCGCCCUCCUUCCCCGGCAGCGGCGGAAUGCGGCGCUGACAACGGCGGCCCCGGCUCCGUGGAAGCGGCGGGGAGCGGCGGGACGCCGGAGGCGGGGGGCUGCCCGGAGUCUUCCUCCUCCUCCUGCCCUUCGCCCGUGACCAAGGUGGACGGUUUUCCCGCAAUGGGCGACCCGGUGUCGACGGAGGGCAAAACCUCCUCGUCCUCCUUCGGCUACGAAAGCGAAGUGGAGGAUGAGGUCGCGGGGCGCAAGGCGACUCCCCCCGGCGCCCCCCCGGGCACCCCUCCCGGCGGCGGCCGCGACGAGGCGCACUAUAUCAGCACGCAGGAGAUCCAGCUCAGCGAGGUGGACCACGACAUGGACUUCGACGCGGGGCUGGCCGCCCGCUGGGACUUCGAGGAUAACAACGUGAUCUACUCCUUCGUUGACUACGCCUCCUUCGGGAGCGACGAGACCCCGGGGGACACGCUGACGGAGGAGGAGGAGAAUAGCUGCUACCUUAGCACGACCACCAGUGACCCUAACAACCAGACGGACAGCAUCGACAACACCAGCAGCACCGAGAUCGUCAGCCUUACCUCCGAACACGACACCCCCGGCGGGGACAAGCGCGCCAGCUCGGGGGAAAGCCGGUCCAAGCAGCCCGGCCGCCCCGGCGGGAGCCCGGGCGCCCAGCUUCUCCUAUCAAUCAAAGCCGCUUCCCGGGCUAUAAAUGAGUCUAGCAACGUGCACGGAAAGCAAAACACUGUUUACGCUGCCAAGCAUGAAAGCGACAUGAGUCUCCGUGUCGCCGCGGCUCCCGACCGCAGUGCGAGUUUAAAACAGGAUGCGGUCCGCGACCACGCGAAAAAGUUCAUCGCGGUGCCCGCGCGGCUGCAGACGCGGUGCGGGGCCGCCAGGGCAGGGGAGCACUCGAGCGGCGCCUCCAGCGCCGUCAGCGAGCUGGACGAUGCCGACAAAGAGGUGCGAAACCUUACGGCCAGGGCUUUCCGCAGCCUGGCGUACCCCUAUUUCGACACCCUGCGCCCCGGCUCCCGGGCCUCCACCGCCUCCCUGUCCGACAAUGCCCUGGGCAUCAACCGCUGGUCCACCUACCUGGACCUCAAGUGCGGCAGUCUGGGGCCGAGAGCCGAGCCCAGCCUGCUGCGCUCCGGCCGCUCGCAGACCAAAGCCCUCGAGUUCGUGGUCAGCAAGCUCGACGGGGAGAUCGCCCACGUGGAAACGCCGCGGCGGCUGCGGGCGGGCUCCCGGGUGGUGACCCUGCUGGACCUCGGCGAUGCCGCCGAGGCCGGGGAGCCGCCGGCGGCGGAGGGCGGCGGGAAGGGGCCCAGCAAGAAGUCCAGGUUCGCCUCCAGCCUCCUCAAAAACGUCAUCUCCAAGAAGAUGCAGCUGGAGCACGAGUUCAAAAUGGAGCGGGGCGAGAUCACCGACACCUCCUACAGCGGGCCGGGCGCGGGCCGGGAGCCGGAACCCACCGGCAGCAGCGGCGGCCGGGAGCGGCAGCGGGAGGGUGGCGUGCAGCGGCAGAACUCCCGACACUCGGAGGGCGGCUCGGACUGCACCGCGGCGCCGGCAGAGGAUGCGGGCGAGGGCGGCGGGGGCCGGUCUCCGGCCUCCAAGGCGUCGACGCCCCGCGAGGGGAACCGCAGCCUGGACCGGGCGCUGUCAGAGGAGCUGUGCGAGGUGAAGCGCAGCGCCUCGGAGGCCAUCAAGGCCACCUUCCUCCGCAGCCAGAACAGCGCCUUCAGGUCCUGGAAGGAGCGGGAGGCGGAAAGGAAGGAGGAGAGGGCGCCCGUCGGUAAGCUGAAACUCUCUCCCAAGCACGACUGGCGAGCCGACCUGGGUGAGAUCUCCGCCGGCAAGUCCACCAAGAUGUCCCGCCUGUUCGUCCCCGCCAUUCAGCACACCCCUCGGGAGAAGGAACCCGGCAAGAGGGCGACCAAGUGCUCCGCCGCGGCCGCCGCCGCCUCCUCGCCCCCCGCCGCCAAGCCCAAAGCCCCCGAGAUCAAGAUCAGCCUGGGCAGCCUGCAGCAGCCCCGGGACGCCGCUUUCAGCAUCGCCCAGCUGCUGACGCCGCAGAUCGCAGGCCGACCGCAGGAGGAGGGCAGGGGACAGCCACUCAAGCCUCUCAAGGCCGCCGACGGCCCCGACAAGGUGCCCCAGUUUCUGGUGCGCGACGUGAGGGACAGCAAGUACAAAGCCCAGGGGAUCCUCCACCAGGUGCGGGACGUGCGGAAGCUCAUCAAAAGCUCCUACAGCGCUGAUUCGGGGGAUAACAGCAGCGACAAGGGCAGCGGCGCCUCCGAGCAAGGCGGCCCGGAGCAGAAGCCUCGGCAGCAGCUGGUCAUCGCCGGUGUCCCCCGGUCGCUCUCCCCCGUGGUCAUCACCUGCCAGGCGGUCGGCCACACCGGCACCAAGCCCACCGAGGCGGGGGCCAAGGCGGGGGGCAAGGCGCCCGCCUGCCCCGCGGAGGGCACCGUCCUGGUGCACCGCACCUCGGGCAGGCUGCCAGUGGCCACCAUCGCCCCCAACAAGAGCGAUGCUCGCCAGCCGGCUGUGCUCAAGAUCGUCUCGAAAUCCUCCGCGCCCUGGCGGCACCAGCCCCCGCCGCCUCCCGCCGAGAGGGGCCGGGGACCGGAGGAGGACCCGCGGGAGGAGAGCAAGUCAGCGCCGGUGCAGAACGCGCUGGAGAAGCUGACAGCGGCGGUGCGGAGCAUGGAGGAGCUUUACAGCUUCAACAAUCGCGAGUGGAAGCGCAAGAGCGACCCUCUGCCCAUCACCGACAGCCACGUCCUCUCUCUUAUCGCCAGCCAGGAGCGGGGCGCCGGGUCCCGACCCUCCGCCGCUGCCGCUCUGCCCUUCGCCCUGCCCGGCUCCGCGCCGCCGCCGCUGCUCUGCUUCUCGCCCUCCGUGCCCGCCGCGGCCACAGCGGCCGAGCCCUUCCCGCAGACGCAGCGCAAGGUGCUGCUGGACGUGAGCACCGGGCAGUACUACCUGGUGGACACGCCUGUGCAGCAGCCCCUCAAGCGGCGCCUCUUCGACCCCGAGACCGGGCAGUACGUGGAGGUGCCGGUGCCCCAGCAGCCGGCCGUCGCUCCCGUCCCGCUGCCUCUCUCGCCCCUCGCCCUCAAUGCCGGUGCCUACGGCGCCACGUACAUGCUGUACCCCGGGCUCCUGCCCGCCGCCGCCGUGCUGCCCGCCGGGGCCCUGCAGCGCCCGCUGUCCCACACGGGCAGCGAUGCCAGCGCCCCGGCAGAGCCUGGCAGCCCCGCCGCGCCAGAGGCGGCUUUUGCCGAGAGUCCCUACUACGUGGCUACGAGCAAGGGCCCGCCGCCGCCGCGGCACGGGGCAGCCGAGGCGAAGCCGGUCAUCAGCAUCACAGCGCCGGCCACCGGCCCUCGGAUCGUCGCGCCGCCCUCCUUCGACGGCACCACCAUGCGCUUCGUGGUGGAGCACCGGUGAAGAG